AUGGGCUGCUGCUUCAGUAAAGAAUUGAGUAACAGCACAGAUGAGGAGAAAACCAGCUUGCUACAAAAAUCUGUGGAAGAGGAAGCAUCAGAGUCAAGGAUAAGUAAAACUUUAUCUUCAAUUUUAGGAACUGUGGAAAGCCAGGAUCUGCGAACGGUGGGAAGGACAGUUAACGGGGCAGCUGUGGUAGUCGGCAUUGAACGUGUUUGUAGCGAUGAUUGCGCAGUGUCAGAUUCUACAUCUGGGCUCCAGGGUAGAAAAGCAAAAUACCCGUCAUACAGAACCAUGGAGAAUAUUCCCCAUGAGAGCUCUAGGAGGGCAUAUAACAGACCUUUUAGUUUCUUUAAUUCCUUUAGUCACCUCCUGAAGGUCUCUGGUACAUAUGUAAAUGUGCAGAAAAGUGAAGAAAAGAAAGAGAGGGUUAUUAAAAAAAGAACACCUAAAAAAUCUAAUAGUAAUGACCAGCAAAUGAACAAUAUAGAAAAUACUAAUAAUGAAAAUGUAGCUGCAGAAGAGCGUUGCUUGCUUGAUCAUAUUUCUACUUCACAUGUACCAGACAUCCUAGACAAAGGCUUAGAUGGUGAAAUUUCCUUAAAUAGAAAUUUUGUGGAGGGUUAUGCAGUUACAUGUGACUGUUCAAGGCAGAAUGGAACAACUGUAAACGCUGAGGACAGCAGGAGUGAUGGCCUACAAAAAGUUUCAAGUUCAUAUAGAGAGAUGUCUCCAACAUUUUCCUAUCUUGAUGUAGACAGCAGACAAAAUACAAGAGAGAGAGAGUUUUACAGUAUUUGUGUUGUAGAUGCUGAAGAUCUGAAAGGGGAUGAAGAGGUGCCAGCUACUGCACAUGAAGAGGCUGUGGCAGACAUAGAUAACUCAGCUGUUACUGCUGGAGGAAUGUGCAGCAUGGCACGACCUCUAGACACUGGUCAGGAAUUUCCAGUGCAGCAAUCGGCACAAGUGGAAGCAAAGUUUAGUUCACAGAAAGAACUGUUUGAGUAUAAAAAAGAGGCUAUGUCAAACAUACAGAAGAAGGAAGCAAAGGAAUAUUGUAGCAUAGACAUCCAGUCUUCUUAUGAUAAUUUAUUGGCUAACAGGUGUCAGUUGCAUAGGUUAAACACUGACAGUACAGUAACAGAUGGCACAAGAGCCAAAGUAUACGAUGAAGUCAUCCCUGAGAAUCGACAGGAGGAGAUAUUUGCCAUAGGUAAUGCUGUCAGUUGGAAUGAGUCACUCCAUAGAGCUUGUGAUUCUGAAAAAAUUGUGGAUGCUGCUGAAGAGGAUGAAUGCAGCCUUAAUUCAGAAAACACACAACACAGUGAAUGUAUUUCCAGUGUAAUGUUAAAUGCUGGAGUAUGUAGUUCAGGAAAAAUUGAGGGAAGUCAUGAUUCUGAGACUCUACCACCUGGUAUAGUUGUAGGGGAAAUAAAUAGCAAACAGGUGGCAGAGAACAUGAAGAGUAACUUUAAAUUAUCCUUAGAGUUACGUGAAAUCGACAGUGAUUCCCUUUUGAUGAGUCAACAUGUAGAAAAGCUUGCUGAAGAAGGCUGCUUCCUAAAGCCAGAGAGCAAAGUAAAAUCAAGUGUGGAAAAGAGACUAUUUCAAAGAAUGUGUAAUGAUAGCCAAACGUUUGCACCUGACCCUAGUGAACAUCAGGGUGUUUUGGAAGAAUUCUUGAAAGAUGAAGAGAAGUGUGCAGGUACAGUUUUGUAUAGCUGUGAAGCUUUGAAUAUGACUGAAAUGCCCAAAAACUUGGAAGAAAGUUCUGAUUUUCAAACUCAAAUUAAGGGUUCCACUGAAAACAAGACAUCAACUGAAGUAGCAAACCACAGUGGUGUGGAGGAAGAUGUUUGUGUGAGUAUCACUGAGCCAAGAGGCGAUGUGCUUGAGGAAGCUGGUAGCUUGAGCAGAGCUCAGUCAUGGGUAAGUGAUGGCAAUUUGACAUCUCAUGAAUUACAUAACAGAAGUGUGGAUGAAAUGUUCCUAAAGGAAAGCAACCUAGAGUCUCAGAUUUCACAAGAGUCGCCAGGGAAUAAAAGUAAAGUGUGCAAAUGUUCAAAUUUGGAUAACGAAAACAGUGUCUCUUCUGUUUCUGUGAAACAUGAGGAUAUGAAUAAAAUGGACAUGAACUGUAGACAAGAUGAGCAUCCGGAUAUAUUUUCCUUCCACACAGUGGAAAAUCAGUGGAAUGCAGGUGCUGACUCAGCCAAAGUAGCUGGGGAUGUAGUAGAAUCUGCAAAACAGACAAAAUCUGAAGUUCACCUGAAUAAGACAAUUGAUAACAAAGCAGAAAAUUUAAAACAGAAUUUGGAUGCUAACACUGUUGAUCAUAUUAAAAACAUCUUGAAUUGCAGGAAAGGCUCGACUCGUGAGCAGAAUACUUACUCACACUCCACUGUACCUGUAGCAUUGGACAAUUGUACGUACAAAAAUGUAAAGUUGAUAGAUGACACCGAAAAACUGGAAGAUGCCAGUGCUCUCUUCCCUAAAGGCCAUAAUUGUUCACCUUUGUUGUGUGAAAAUUCAUAUUCUCAUGUGUGUAACAAACCAGUGGAAGAGCCUGAGUUAUGCCAUUGUGCCAGUCCAGAGCCAGCGGUCAGGAACACCCAAGUUUCUUGUGGGCCCUCUACUGAAGUAGAUUCAGAAAUGUGUGAAAAAAGCGGUUGUGAUGUGAACGAAUGUAAUCUUUGGGGUGGUGAAGUAAAACAGUGUGUCAGCACCCCCUCAAAGGAGGAGAACCUCACUGGUUUCAGUGUGUCAGCUGGCAGUCUAGAGGCUUUUACCUCAGGGAAUUUGAAGCAGUCAAAAGCCAAGACUACUGAACUGAAAAACACCAGUGACAUAUUAAUUACGCAAAUGGAAGACUUGACCACAAGUUGGGAACAGAUGGAGUCAGAUCACAAGAUUUUCUCAAACAAAGAGCUUGGAGUUUUUGUUGACCCAGAGCAGGUAGACAAAUAUGCUGCUACUCCUUCCUACGAAAUACACUGUGCCCCUGCGAGUGCCGCAGGAGUUCAGCAAGGCAGCGAGCUGUGUGUGUUAGAUCUGAUGGAAGACGUAUCAAGUGACCAAGAGUACUCUUAUGAACUGGACAGACAAAAUCCUGGAGUUGAAAUAUGGUCACAUUUCAUCAAUCUUCAAACAGGCAGUGCUGACUGGAGAAAUCAACUGUUUUCUGACACUUUUACUGCUGGUAAUGGUGAAUAUCUGAUGGGCUUUUUAUGGAGUAAUACUGUUUCUAACAAUACCAUGAAGAAUGACAGACUAUAUAUAGUUAGUGAAAACUUCCAGAACGAACUUGAAGAUUUAACAGGUGCUUCACGUGCACUGGGAAGAUACCCUUAUCAGCUGCCAGCACCAGAAAUGGUUGGUACUUGUGGAUGGCAAGAUAAAGAUGAAUUUGAGUCAACAAAGGUUUCUGAGUUAAAUCCUAAUGCAAAAGUCUGGGGAAAUCAUAUGUUACACUUGGAAGCGGCUGGUGCCACUGAUGGUAGUGUGAGCAAAACGUGGGAAGAAAUACCAGACCAACCUCCAGAUUCUUGUAAAGAAGGACUGGAUGCCAAUAGUGACGGUGACAAAAAGCAUCAGAAUGCAGUGCUGACAGAGCUGCAGGAGCCGUCACCGGCCGUUUCGGUGUCAGACCAGACAGAUAUGAACCCUUUGACUCUUGAUCAUUCUGACUAUGAGUCUAUGCAUGAAACCACUCAGACAGGUGGAAAUGAACAGUUGCAGUCAGAAGGUCAGGAAGAUUUACGAGAAUUACUGAAAAAAACACUGGAAUUCUGUUUAUCUAGAGAAAAUCUUGCCAGUGACAUGUACCUUAUAUCACAGAUGGACAGUGAUCAGUAUGUGCCAAUAAUGACAGUAGCAAACCUUGAUCAUGUCAAGAAACUCAGUACUGAUAUGGAUUUGAUUGUUGAAGUGCUGAGAUCGUUGCCUUUAGUCCAAGUGGAUGAGAAGGGGGAAAAAGUUAGGCCAAAUCAGAAUCGCUGUAUUGUGAUUUUACGUGAAGUACCUGAAUCUACCCCCAUUGAAGAGGUUGAAGCACUUUUCAAAGGAGAUAAUUUGCCUAAGUUUAUCAACUGUGAGUUUGCCUAUAAUGACAAUUGGUUCAUCACAUUUGAAUCGGAAGCUGAUGCACAGCAGGCUUAUAGAUACCUUAGAGAAGAAGUGAAAACUUUCCAAGGAAAACCAAUUAAGGCAAGGAUAAAAGCAAAGGCAAUAGCUAUAAACACUUUUUUGCCAAAGAAUGGAUACAGACCUCUGGAUAUGAACCUCUACACGCAGCAGCGUUACACAACAUCCUUUUACUUACCUCCAGUAUACAGUCCCCAUCAGCAGUUUCCAUUGUACAGCUUGAUUGGCCCACAGACCUGGUCAGCCACGCACAGCUACCUUGACCCUUCAUUGGUAACGCCAUUUCCAAAUACUGGAUUUAUCAAUGGAUUCACAUCUCCAACCUUCAAGCCUGCUGCUUCUCCAUUGACUACACUCAGACAGUAUCCUCCUAGGAACAGGAAUCCUAGCAAGUCUCAUAUACGACAUACAAUACCCAGUGCAGAAAGGGGACCUGGGCUUCUAGACAGUCCUACAAUAUUCAACUUUUCUGCUGAUCGUUUAAUCAAUGGCGUCAGGAGUCCACAGACGCGGCAGCCAGGACAAAACAGGACACGGAUGCAGAAUGCUACUACGAGUUACACCAAGAGGGAAGUAGGAACUGGGAGGAUGGAACAGACCAGUGUUGACUCAUCUCCUGGAUUAGGCAGAGGAAGGAAAAACUCAUAUGGCUACCGAAAGAAAAGGGAGGACAAGUUUACAAGAGGUCAAACACAGUCUCCACCACCCCCAAAACCUCCAUCUCCUAGCUUUGAAUUGGGUUUAUCUAGCUUUCCUCCAUUACCUGGGGCUGCUGGCAAUUUAAAGACUGAAGACCUCUUUGAAAACAGACUGUCCAGUGUGGUGAUAGGAACAACAAAAGAAAGAAAUGUUAAUGUGGAUGCAAGUACGAACACUAUUCCACUGGGAAUUCCUCGAGAGCCGUUAUUGCCAGUUUCUUCUCCAUUGCCCAGGACGUUUGAGAGGUCUCCUUCGCCAUCCCAGUCUUCUGAAGACUCCAAGGUUGUGGAUAAACAGCCGAGAGAGACACAGAGUACAGAAAGGCUUUCUUCUUCCACACUCAGUACUGCAUGUAAAUCGGUACAAGUCAAUGGGGCUGCCAUAGAACUGCGAAAACCUAGUUAUGCAGAAAUUUGCCAGAGAACAACUAAGGAUCCUCCUACAUUGCAACCCCAGAAAGAACAGAAGCCAAACACUGUAGCAUGUGGGAAAGAGGAAAGAAAGCCCACAGAAACAAUAGAGAAAAACAGAGAACCUCCUCCUGCAAAGUCACAUCCUGGACAACCCAAAGACCAGAGGAGACAGUCAGGACGCAGAUCAUCCCCUCCAGCCGUUGGCAAACGCGUAAAUAAAGAACAGAAUACCCCUCCAAAAUCUCCUCAGUGAAGCUAACGCCUGGGAGGGAUUUGAGAAGAGGUCUGCUUCCCACAAAUUAAACCCAUGUUCCCAAUAAAGAUGCCUGAGAAUGAGUUGCUGGUUAGGAGCUUGCAGUGAUACUAGGC